AUGAUGAAACUGCGAGAAGAAAUAAUUGGAAAUGCAAAGAGAAAAGGAAACACUCAUGGAGGAAAUUCAAGCCAUGGGUCCUACAAGAAACCAAAUGUUGGGAACUAUGGAGGAAAUAAUCAGCACUCUAACAGGCCUCAAGUGUGCAACAAAUGCGGGAAACGUGGUCAUAUUGAAAGGAAUUGUCGAGUUGGUACUGGACAAUGCUACAGAUGUGGGAGCAAGGAACACCAAGUUAAGGAUUGCCCCCGACCGACACCCCAAUACCCAAACGACAACAGGAAUGGACAAAAUGGCCCCAAUCGCGGAAACGGUGGUAACGGAAACUUCAACCGUUAUCCUCCGCGCAAACCUCCGCAAAAUGGAAGGGUGUUUGUGAUGCAGAAAGAUGAAGUUGAUGGAAAUAAUGAUGUCAUUACUGGUACUUUCUGA